AUGGAGUUCCCGGCCACUCUUUUCCCGUCGUACUUCGGCACCGGCCCGCCCCGGGAGGAGGGGGGCCCCGCUCCGGCCGCCGGUUGGGGCGAGCACGGGCAGGUGCUGGAGGCUGGCCCCGGCCGCCCCCAGGCCGGCACUGUGUUUAUGCCCCGCCGUGGCGGGAUGGGCGAGAGCUGGCAACCCGCCGACGCUGCUGCCAUUCCACUCCUGCCUCCCAACACAACCUACUGGAUCCCUUCACUUGAGGCUCAAGACAUCCUGUACCGUGGUGUCCUGUGCAGGAAGCUCCGGACAGGCAAGUCCGCAACCACUCUGGACUUCACAAAGCAGCUGGGCCACUUCUUUGUGGAUCACCCAGAAGAUGCAUUUGGCUCCAUGGGGCAGCUGCUGCACCAGAACUUCUUCCUGGGCAACUCCAAGCUGAAGAGGCAGGCCCGGAACAGCACCAUCCGGAUGACAGCCCUGAUGGAGGAAAUCGACCGCCUGGAGGCUAGGCGGGGCUGCCCCCGGCAGCGCCUUGUCCCCCGCCUACGCUGGUUCUCCCACCUCUGCCGUGACUGGCUCUUUGAGGUGCCACUGGGGCUGCUGGCAGAAUGUGUACAUGAGGAGCUGUUGCUGCAGUGGGCCAACCUGCUUUUUGAUGACAGCUGUACUGGAGGGGCACUGGCUUGGCUGCCCCCCAAGGACCUAUGCACGGGCUGCCUGGUGUACCCUGGAGGGAGGUCCAUGAACCAUCUCUAUUUCCAGGAUGUGAUGCUGAAGGAACUUCCCCGUGUCCAGGCCUCCCCAGCGCAGUUUGAGCUCAAUGGGCGUAUCCGGCAAGUGGCUGCUGCCAGGGUAGAUGGGGAAGAUUUUGUUGGUGUCCGCUCAGACUAUCACUGUGGUGUUUGGAGGGUGCCAGGUAGGAUGGGGGCAGCCCCCACACCACUGCAGGUCAUCCGCACUGAUGUACCUGCCUCCUGCCUCACUGUCAGCCCUCACCUCCCUGGGGAGCUGGCCGUCUGCACCCAGAGUGGAGCCAUCUACCUCUGGAGCAUUGAGAUAGGGCUGCAGAGGCUCCGCCAUGACACCCAGACCAUUUUUUUUCGGGACCAUUCGUCUUGGCGCUGGAGCGACUUCACCGCUCACCCGCGAGUGCUGAGCUGUGCCGACCGCACUGGCCUGCAGUGCCUGGAUGCACGGGCUCCUGAGAGAUGCCACUUCGACUUGUUCAAGGUGGGUCAGGAAGCCAGCUGCCAGCAGGGUGAGCGUGUGGUACUGCCCAUGUACCUGGGCAGGGCCCACCCCUCCCAGCACCUUGUCACCACGCAGUUCUCUCUGUAUGUACUGGACGAGCGGUUGCCGAUGGUGCCUGUGUUGAAAUGGGCACACAUGAUGAAGGCCCCCCCUCUCUUUUCCCACCUUACACCGGGGGGCCCUGGGAGGAGCCAUAAGGUGCUGCUCGGCGCAUCUCGCACCCAGGAGCUGUUACUGCUGCAAUACCGGGGGGGCAGCCAGUCGGCCUGCCAGCUGGCAGGGUCUCCUCAGAAGCUGCACAGCAUCGCAGGCUGUUUGCCGUACCUGCCCACACAACUCCCGCACCACCACUACCUGCUCCAGCAGCGCCUCGGUGCCCCUGCUGCUGGGCUGGCUACUGCACUGCAGGAGGAUGGGCCACAGGAGGCCCUGCUGGUUUUCCAGCUCUCUGAGGCUGGGGACAUCUUCUACCAGAGGCUAACACAUGAGGCUGUGGAGCCCCCUGCUCCCACUUUGAGGGAUGAGGCCAUGGUAGCCCCUGGCUCUUCCCCUCUCUUUGAGACUCCAGCAGGCAGCCCACUAGGCUUGGGCAGUGAUGAAGAAGAGCAGGAGGAAGAAGAGCAAACCUUCUACCUGUCCAACCUAGAGAUCAUUAUCAAUGAGGAGGAAGAUGAAGAGGAGGUGGGGGAUGCAGGCACAACAGCAGCCCCAGAGGAAACCAAACCACCUCAGGAGCCCUCUGCCAGCCCCCAGCCUUCCCCAGCAGUGCCCAGCCCAGCUGCAGCCCUGCGCUACCGCCGCUGGCUGAAAGAAUUUUGCAAAGGUUGCAGGGAACACCGCUCACACACCUGGCCCCCCACCUUUAGCCAGAAGCGCAUCUUCACCCGCAGAGAGCUGGAGAUACCAGCAGGCCCAAGCACCCUGCACCAGCAGGCACGUCAGCAGCUGCGUCAAGCCAUGCAGGAAGGGGGUCGCAUCCAGUGCUGGGACACCCUACCUUCCCAACCCCCUCUUCUGCAGCUCCUGGAGCCAUCAGGAGGUCUAGAUCCCUUGAGUGCUCGUCUGACAGCAGCUUGGUCUGAGGACUGGUGUCAGUGGUGGGAAGAAAGGUCAAGCUAUAAUGUGGCACAGCGGCAGCGAGCACUGCGGGAGCGGCGGCGUCGGCAGAAGCGAGCUCGGGGCCGGCACAGCCUUUCAGCCAGCUUCACCUCCUCCCACACGUACCAGUCCGAGCUGUCGGAGCUGAGCGAUGUGCCCCAGCUGCCGCCACCACCACUGUCCCCUACUGUGUUGCCCCGGGAGACAGCCAGCAGCCCAGCGCCAGCGCUGGACGAAGGGCUGCUAUCCUCCCAGAGCCUGCGCUGCCGCGGAAUCCCUAAAGAGCGGCGGAAGACGCUACGGGACUACUUGUCGGUGUGUGCCGGGGACCUGCCCGAGCCGGCAGAGCCGCUCGCUAGCCAGGCCGGUCAGGCGUGCAUCCCAUCGUCGCAGAGUCUGAGCCAGGCCUCCUGCACUUCACAGGCCCGCCGCAAGCGGCCACGCAUGGGCUUCUGA